UCACAUUCAAAAUUCAGCGCGCACGCUAGAUAAUUCCUACCACGUAGCACUUUUGCAAGUACGCCUCAACGCUGGACCCGCUCCCGUGAUCAUUUGCUCCCGGUCCGCCUGCCCCCUGUAGUAAAUAUCGUGGUCCGACGCUCUCCGAUUUUACGACUUGCCAUCCCAUCAUGCUAUCACUCCUACUUGGAAGGUCAUGUGGUUUACCAUCAGCUGCCGCGCAGAUACUCCUUCAGAUGCUGCUACCAGAUGCGGCACCUUCCUCAGGACUCCGUGAUGUGCCGAGCAGACUGGUGGCAGUUCAACCAUCAUUUAUGCCAUACGGGUUCUAGUUCAGCACAAUAGAGGACUGAGUACCUAGCAAGGGACUUUACUCUGAGAAGGCGGACUGACCAUCUUGGAGAUGUCAAGCGUCGGCGGGAAGAAACAUUUCUCUUCGGUUUCCCGUUCUGCGUAAAGCGGAAAUGAGCCACUAGCGAAUGUGGGGCGAUGUCAGGCCAGAGUAAGCUGCGUUUUCUAGUGAGGUUGACGGAGGGAACGCUCCUAUCAAUACUGCCUGACGAUGAGGAUGCAUUGCGAGAGAUACGACACGGCCAUCGAGAUCAAGCCCAUGAACGGUUCUGUCCUCCUGCACGGGUCGGAGCCGUCCAAGCUGGGGGACGGCACGCUGUACACGGGAUCUCUCCCCUCGUCGUUUGGAAGGAAGAGCAAGAGGACACGUUCCUACUACAGGUCCCACGAUAGCCUAGAUCCCUCGGUAGAUCUGACGUGCUUCCAGCUGCAGGAAGAUAUGUCAAAGUCGGUAAAGCCCAUGGGGACGACCAAAACACGGGCAAAGCGCCACCAACAGCCGCCACCCCCUCCAAGUGGUAAUGGUGCGGCCCUUCGGGUGGUCUGCAACAUUUGCAUGUGGCUCCUGUUGCUCGUGCUGACUGGCUUUACAGCGUGGCUGUACACGAAGAUGAAAGUCAUCCAGGCGGACAAAGACAGACUACAGAACCGAGUCCAGUCGGGCUCCCAGCAGUUAGAGGAGCUCCAGGACAGGACCAGGCAGCUGCUGACCGACAGGGAGGACCUACAGAGCAGGAUAAACAAAGGUGCCAGGGACAUAUUACAGCUGCAGGACAGCACGCAGAACCUACAGACACAGCUCGAUAACGCCACUGCCCAGCUGAACAGGAAGGACAGGGCACUGGAGGGCAUACAGCAGGGUCUGGCCAGCAUCGGCGACUGUAACAGAGCUGACGACUGCAACAUAAGAGAUUGCUCUGACGUGAAGUCGAGGAACAGUUUGGACGGCGUUUACCCGAUCUGGCCCGACAACUACACCACAGCACUGUACGUCUACUGCGACAUGACCACUGCGGGAGGAGGGUGGACCGUCGUCCAGCGUCGCCAGGACGGAACCGUCGACUUUUUCCGCAACUGGACUUCUUACAAAUACGGGUUCGGAAACUUGAACGGAGAACUGUGGCUCGGGACGCAGACCCUGUACACGUUACUGACGCAGCGGCUGUACAAGCUGCGAAUCGAUCUCGAGGACUGGGACGGCGUGAAAAGAUACGCUGAAUAUGAUAACAUGACACUUGGACCUGAGUCAGAUAACUAUAGGUUAACGCUAGGUACGUACCACGGCAAUGCAGGGGACUCCAUGACAGGUGAGAAUGGAACAAUGGGCAUCUUCACCCGUAACCUCAACAACAUGCAGUUUAGCACCAAGGACAGAGAUAAUGAUAAUAGUAUGAACAACAAACACUGUGCUCGUAUAUACAAAGGGGGGUGGUGGUACAACGAUUGUUACAACGCUAAUCUGAACGGACGCUACUACUUUAACGGACGAUAUAGCGGGAAUCUCCAGGAUGGCAUUGAGUGGUUUAACUUUAGAGGAUGGUUUUAUUCGCUAAGAUACGUGUCAAUGAAAAUUCGACCAGCUGACUUUGUACCGGUGGUUUGACCACGUGUUACAGGUAACGUAAUAUUGCAAGAUUGUACAGAAGAGUUAUCAUGUAAUUGUAUCGUCCUUGCAAAGUUACAUUAGAUCAUCGCAUGAUUUUGAUAAUGGUAAAGGCAGUCAUGCGACUUUGAUGUCGUGGGAUUUGCAAGCAGGCGAUGAGAGAACAAUGACCAACAAUGAUC